AUGGGUGAAAUUGUAGAUCUUCAAAGCAUAGAAAAUGAUGAUUUUCUGAAGCAAUUUUUAGAUCCAAAAAAUUCAGUUAGUGAUGCUAGAAAAUUAUUAACUGUUGCGCAACAAUUAAAUAAAUUUGGCAAAGCUUUAGAAAUACUAGAUGCAGAAUUACAUCAAUUAGUUCUUACAAAUCAUGAAGAUUUAUUAUCUCAAGUAACAUGGGUUGAAAAAAUAGAAGGUGUUCUUUCAUUGAUGCAAACUCACGUUCAAAGUUUACUGUCAUCAGUUGAAAGAUUGAGAGCUAAAAUAGUUGAGCCAUUUAACAAAUUAGAAUCGCAAACAACAGUAUUAAAAAGGCUCCAUGAGGCAUCGAAUCUUCUGAGAAAAGUUGGCAGAGUUCAACAUUUACUUCAUUCACAGAAAUUAGAGUCUCAAAUAAGUAAUGCAACACAAAGCUCUGAAAUAAUAAAAGCUGCUAAAAGUAUCAAUGAACUCGAGCAGUUGAUGUUUGAUGAUGAUUUAGUUGGAUUAAAUUUAAUAGCCAAUGAUCAACAAGCUGUAAAGGCUCACAAACUAACGGUUAAAAAAAUCGCAACCAUUACAUUGUCACAGGGAUUAGAAGCUUCAGACAAUGUCAAAGUUAGCACAGCACUUCAAGUAUUUGAAAAUUUAGGAAUUUUGUCCAAAGCCAUUGAGAAGACAGAAAAAUUAGCAUUAUCAGAAAUAGAAAAAGUUGCUCGAGAAGCUUUAGAUGUUUCAUUACCAACGAACCAAGAUUUAGGGAAACGAACUGGACCAGGUAGAGCAGCAUUACCAUCUCCAGGCUCAUCUGGAAAUCUUCGUGUACGUCUUUGGGAAAAUUUAGAUCGUUUACUUCAAGAUACGUUGUACACACAUUGCGUACAAAUUGAAUUUCUUGAAAGAAUAUUAUUAGAGCAUUUUACUAAAGAAUUCGAAGGUUUAUCCCAAUCAUUUUGGAAUAAAAUAAUAAAUUUAUUGGCAAAAAUAUUUAUUGAACGUUCUCAGGCAUCUUCUUUUAUAAAACAAGCAUUAGAAGGAGAAUAUCCAAAAUUUUUACGUGUAUUUUUGGACUUGAGAAAACGUUUAAAAGAAAAAUCACAAUUAAUUGGCACCUAUACAAUAAGUAAAGAUAUUUUGUUGGCAUUUGAAAAUGCAUAUUUGUCACGUUCUAUUUCACGAUUGUUGGAUCCAGUUCAUACUAUGUUUUCGGGUGAUGCUGCACCGAGUCAAGACGAAAUUGAUAGUUUAAUAAGAACUGUUACCAGUGAAUUAAGUGUAUCAUUAGUUGAUGAAAAUCUUUCAACAGUUGUUGCACGUAAUGUGGGAAAAUCUAUUAGAUUAUUUUGCUUGAAAUGUGAGCAAGGUUUAAUAACUAGCGGUGAAGCUAGUCAAGUUAUCGACACACCUACAUCUGGACAGUUGACUAAUAUUACAUUUGCUAAUUUAUUAUAUUAUCUUGCUAUGCAAAUGAACCGUGUUGUCGGUAAUUUAGCGGGUAGUUUACCACAAGAAGGUGCUGCUAUUAUUGCUACUGCUCUUGAGGAUACGAAUAAACUGACAAAAAAUAUACUUUCUCCACUUAUAGCUUCUAUUACUGAUGCUAUCGAAAGCAUUAUUUUGACAAUGCAUGAUGAUCCGGAAUUUCGAGAUCCAAGUAGUAUUCAGAAUCGUGAAAUUGGAUGUUCACUUUACAUAAAAGAACUACAAGGAUUCAUCAUGCGAACUGUUAGUACGUUCCUUGCACCUUAUAAAAAUCAAACGGUUGUAAUAGAAUGUUGUAAUUCUGUUGCAUCGAGAUGUAUAGAAUUUUUUGUUCGUCAUGCUUGUUUGAUACGACCUCUUAGCGAGUAUGGCAAAGCUAAAUUGAUCAAUGAUUUUUCUCAGGUCUCAAUUGAAUCUUUUAUGGAGGUUGCCGUAGCUCCACUAUGUCGAGGAGGUCAAUUAGGAAUGUUGGAACAGCAGCAAUACCGUACAUUGAGAGCGCUUAAAUCUCUGAUUGCACUAGGACCGGCAAAAAUGGUUGAGAAAGUAUUGGAGAUGAAAGGGGAAGGUAGUGUGCCACCUUCGCUUGUUCUUCUUCAUCUUUUUUCCGGUGCUCCACCCGAGUUACAAUCUCCACAUCAAAGCGCUGGAUGGUCAAUAAGUCGGUUGUCUCAAUGGUUGGACAAUAAUCCAAGUGAAAAAGAUCGGUUAACAUUAUGUUCCGGGACUUUACAACGCUAUGAAUUAACGAUAAGACAACGUAAUCUUCCGUCGUUUCAUCCACUAUUUCCUUUAAUGAUGAAGCUUGUAAGCUUAAGUGACAAUAAAUGA